ACCUUAGCUCUCUAGCAUCGGAAAUCGAUAUUUAAAAUAUAUAUAAUCUUUUCCUUUUCCUUUCUUUUGCUGCGGUGGAUGGAACAGCACGUUAGGUUGCUAAUUUUCUGUAUUCCUUUUGAGUAAAUCAAUAUGCCACGAGAAAUUAAAGAGGUCAAAGACUUUCUUAACAAAGCACGUCGUUCAGAUGCACGCGCUGUUAAAAUUAAAAAGAACUUGACCAACACUAAAUUUAAAAUCCGCUGUUCACGGUUUCUUUAUACCCUCGUCGUGCAGGAUAAGGAAAAAGCUGACAAAAUCAAGCAGUCUCUUCCCCCAGGAUUACAAGUAAAAGAGGUGAAAUGAACGACCACAAUAAAUUAAGUGUCGUUUUUACCAGCUUUACUGCUUAGAUUGGAAGUUUGGCCCGCUGAAAUUUGUGUUUUCUUAUAAACUAAAAUAAAGUGAUGAUGCCAAAUUAAGAAACAAA